CUUAUGGACAGCAACUUUGGCCUAAUGCCAGGACAAUGGUAAUAAUGUUAUUGUGGUAGUAUUUAUUUAUGGAGAAGUUUUCUUCACUCGCAUGAAAAAGUUCUUCACACAAGUUAAAACAAAUCACCUUAACCAACUAAGCAAUUCAAGAAGACAAGCAUGUAAACAAGGCACAGAAGAACAGGUGACAAACACUCAUUCACUGUGGUGUAUUUAUUCAACUUCAGAAAAUAUCUUUAUGUGAAAUUGUAAUCCUGCUGUUCGAAUGUGAACGUUGACUUCUUCUUGUGCGGGCAUGCAGCAGGCUUUAGGGAUUUAACAGAAAGUCAUCAUUGCCUUAAAUGGAUGCAACUUAAGCCCUAUUCGUUUUCUUUAAUCGAGCCUGGCAGCUGAAUAUGUGCCAGAGGGCAAAGUGCACCAUGAGAUUGCACAAUUUGUUUGUCUGUUAUCACAUUCAGACUUGCAGGAAGGACAAAGUGCUUAAACUGCACAACAGAUAUGCAUCUUUUAAAUAAAGGUAUACUGUGACGGAAAGUACGCAGCAUGCACUUUAGUACUGCAGCAUAUUGUUAGAGGUUGUGUCUUUGAAGAGUCACACGUUUGUAGGAUUCAGAGCUUGUGUAACAGUUUUUAUAAUGUCGAGUUAAGUCAAGAAAAAGCUGCACAGCCGUGAGUGUUGGAUUGUUAACUGUUGAUGAACAUGGAAAGUGCCAUCUGUGUCUGCUUGACCAGAAUGAAUGUGGGUGUGGCACACAGCGAGGUGAACCCAAAUACUCGGGUCAUGAACAGUCGGGGGAUCUGGUUGACCUAUGCACUCGGUGUUGGCAUACUUCACAUUGUGCUCUUGAGCAUUCCUUUCUUCAGCGUGCCAUUGGUGUGGACUCUCACCAACGUCAUACACAACUUUGGAAUGUAUGUGUUCAUGCAUGCAGUGAAAGGCACGCCCUUUGAGACCCCUGACCAAGGAAAAGCCAGACUUCUUACACACUGGGAACAGCUGGACUACGGCGUUCAGUUCACUUCAUCCAGAAAGUUCUUCACCAUCUCUCCAAUCAUUCUAUACUUCUUGGCAAGUUUCUACACAAAGUACGACACGACACACUUCAUCAUAAACACGGCUUCGCUUUUGAGCGUCUUAAUCCCGAAGCUGCCGCAGCUACACGGAGUGAGACUUUUCGGUAUUAACAAGUAUUGAGUUGUUGUAGAUGCUGCGCCUCAAGUCCUGCGUAGCACCUAACCAAGAAGUUGUACAGUUUGUGUAAAAGUCACUGUUGUUGUUUAGAUAUAUCAGGGUUAAGAUAAGAUGUUUCAAAAAAAACAGGAGUAUGUUUGUAGGUGACAGGAUGCCAUAUGCAUUACUAACUUAUGUGAAUAUUUAAUGAUGUAUUUUUGGCCUGCGCAGACCUGGGCUGGCCCAGGCGUCGCUGAGGCUUUUGUUUGAGUUUAUUUCUGUCUUUCCCUCCAAUUCUCAUGGCAACACAAUUUGUGAGUACAAGUCCGUUUGUAGCCACAAAGAUGUCCCAAAUGUAUUUUUCAAAGAUGUUUACUUGUCAACAGUGAUUCGGUGUCAAUCGGCACGCUCUCAUUUUGUAAUGGGUGUCAAAUGUGUUCAUGCUGAGUGGAAAGUAGAAUCAUUUCCUGUUUUGCAUGAUGUCCUCAGUGUGUGAAUCAUUUCUUAUUUGUAUGUCAAUCAGAAAAGGGCAGGCUUUUUUCAUUGUACAGUUUUUUUUUUUUUCUUUGUGUGAAUGUUUUGUGUCCUGUAUGUAGAAAUGAGACAAAUAAUUCUUGUCAGAUUAAGUGUUUACUCAGAGAGGUCUGCAGUGUCUGUGAAGAAUUUAUAUUCAUGUAGCUGCUCUCUUUAGAUUAUGGCUUUUUUUGUUGUUGCUAUUAUCAAGGCAGCUAGUCCUGCUUUGUUUGGCCAUAGCUCAUAGUACUCAUGAUAUUUCUUGUUCUAAAUCUUAUUAAAAUGUUGGUGCCCUCCGAG